AUGGAUGCUAUCGCGGAGCUGAGCCUCGAGGACUUCUCGGUGACAGUGGAGCCUGGUGUCACCCGCAAGGCCCUCAACAAGCACCUGCGUGGCACUGGGCUCUGGUUCCCUGUCGACCCUGGGGCAGACGCCUCUCUGUGUGGCAUGGCAGCCACGGGCGCCUCGGGCACCAACGCAGUGCGCUACGGCACCAUGCGCCCCAACGUGCUCAACCUGCGCGUGGUGCUGCCGGACGGGCGCCUGCUCCACACCGCCGGCCCCGGGCGCCAGCCCAGGAAACGGGCGGCCGGCUACGACCUGACCUCGCUCUUCGUGGGCUCCGAGGGCACUCUGGGCUUCCUGACUCAGGCCACCCUGCGCCUGCACCCGCUGCCUGAGGCCACCGCUGCCACCAUCGCCUCCUUCCCCAGCGUGGGGGCAGCUGUGGCUUGCACCGUCCAGGUGCUGCAGGCCGCUGUGCCUGUGGCCCGCAUCGAGUUCCUGGAUGAGGUGAUGGCAGAUGCCUGCUGCCGCUUCAGUGGGAUGGGGCUGCCAGUGGCGGCCACGCUCCUCCUGGAGCUCCAUGGUUCCCGGCACAGCCUGGCUGAGCAGCAGCAGCAGACACAGGAGAUCGUGCGACAGAAUGGUGGCUCCAGCCUGGCCUGGGCRGAGGGGCAGGAGGAGCGUGAGCAGCUCUGGUCCAUGCGCCACAAUGCCUGGUACGCUGCCCUGGCCCUGCGGCCCGGCUGCCAGGGCUACUCCACGGACGUCUGUGUGCCCAUCUCCCGCCUGCCUGAUGUGGUGGUGGAGACCAAGAAGGACCUGCAGGCCUCCGGCCUCACCGCACCCAUGGUGGGACAUGUGGGUGAUGGCAACUUCCACUGCAUCAUCAUCUUGAACUCCCAGGACCCAGAGGAGGUCCAGCGUGUCCACGCCUUCACCCAGCGCCUGGGCAGGCGGGCRCUGGCGGCGGGGGGCACCUGCACCGGGGAGCACGGCGUGGGGCUGGGCAAGCGGGCACUGCUGCAGGAGGAGCUGGGCCAGGAGGGGCUGGACACCCUGCGCUCCAUCAAGGCUGCACUCGACCCCCACAACCUCAUGAACCCCGGCAAGGUGCUGUGAAGGGGAGCACCGGCACUGAGCUGGCAGUGGGAGGACCUCACGCCCUGGAGUCAGGGCCAGGGUGGCCAUGCUGUCCCACACUGCCACCAUCUGUGUCCCCACAAAUCCCACCAUCCCCACCUCUGGAGGYUGGGGAUCCCUAAACCCCCAAUAAACCCUUUUGCACUCACAGUGUCCACAUGCUGUGAUGAUUUCUGGGGGGACAAGACCCCUGAGCCCCUUCCCAGGGGACCCCUGUCCCAGAGAGCACACAAAGGGAGAGGCAUCACUGGGUUCUCACUGCAGCCCCUUCCCCUGAGCCGCAGUGCUGCUGGGACCAGGUGGGAGCUCUCUGGGACUGUCAAGCACCACUGUGGCCAUCCCCACACAGCAGGCACAGGGAGGGGGAAUCGGGUGGGUGGAUGGCUCCAGCACCCCACUGGCAUCAUCUGCUUCACCAAGAAUGCCAGUGAAAUAAAAUAACAGUGAAUAUUUUAUUGAACAUUGUUUUAAUACCAUAUCAAAACACCUUGACUAAUGAAGGAAGCUCCCCCCAAGCUCUGAACUCUUUUUUUCCCCCGGUUUUUUUUUAAUAUAUAAAUACAGAAAGGUUUCCCGCAGGGGCACGGCCACCGGCAGGGGAGGUCUCACCAACGAAAACGCGCCCGCCGCGCCAGAAGGGGAUGGAGGGGGUCACUGCCAUGAAAUGACACUGUCUUGGCACCUCCAGCAAAGUCACCCCUGUGACCAGGRGCAGCCAGGGGCAUCCGGGGGGCCAUUGGGGCCUUCCCCAUACCCUCCUCAAAAGGGUCCAACUCAAAGACGAUGGAAAAGAAAGAGGGGGGAGGUUUUGGCAAGAGGAACCCGGCGAGGGGGCACGGGAGGGGCGGCGGGGAUGCUGCAGCUCUCCAGUCUCUGAGUGGUUAUAGCUGAGUUAAAGAGUGACCAGUCUGUAAACAUCACCGGGGCAGGGAAGCUCAAAUUGAAGAACACGCCAGUCAACACGAAGCUUCAGUUGUGGUUUGUUGUUUGUUUUUUUUUUU